CCAGCACCACCGCCUCCCAAGUUUCCUCUAGUGGACACACUGCCUGACCGCUCUGCUCCACCCAGCGCCGAGGGACCCGAAGAGGCGGGAGCUGCAGUUCCGAGGCAGAGGAGACAGCCACCAGGCGCCUGCUCUGCACUGGGCGAAGUGGGGGGAGGGGGGCUCGGUGAACUAUGAAGGGCCGGCGGCGGAGGCGCCGAGAGUACUGCAAAUUCACGCUGCUCUUGGUGCUCUACACGCUUCUGCUACUGUUCAUCCCCUCUGUACUGGACAGUGGCAGCGAGCAGGACAAGGGCGUCAGGAACUGCCCCGGCCUGCAGCGCAGCUUGGGCGUAUGGAGCCUGGAGGCGGCGGCGGCUGGAGAGCGUGAGCAGAACGCGGAGGUGAGAUCCCGGGCCGAAGAAAACGCGGGUCUAUACCCUGGGACCCCAGGCAACCUUAGCGCCGUCGGGGAGGCGGUGGCCCAGGAGAAGCAACACAUCUAUGUGCAUGCCACCUGGCGUACUGGCUCGUCCUUUCUGGGCGAACUCUUCAACCAGCACCCGGACGUUUUCUACUUGUACGAGCCUAUGUGGCAUCUGUGGCAGGCGCUGUAUCCUGGCGACGCCGAGAGCCUACAAGGCGCGCUAAGAGACAUGCUGCGCUCCCUCUUCCGCUGUGACUUCUCUGUGCUGAGGCUGUAUGCGCAACCCGGGGACCCCGCGGCGCGAGCAGCAGACUCGGCCAACCUCACCACGACUAUGCUUUUCCGCUGGCGGACCAACAAAGUCAUCUGCUCGCCGCCACUGUGUCCUGCCGCGCCCCUUGCUCGCUCUGAGGUGGGCCUCGUCGAGGACAAAGCCUGCGAAAGCAGUUGCCCGCCCGUCCCGCUCCGCGCCCUGGAGGCCGAGUGCCGCAAGUACCCGGUGGUGGUCAUCAAGGACGUGAGGCUGCUCGACCUGGGCGUGCUGGUGCCCCUGCUACGUGACCCGGGCCUCAACCUGAAGGUAGUGCAGCUCUUCCGUGACCCGCGGGCGGUGCACAACUCACGCCUCAAGUCUAGGCACGGGCUGCUGCGCGAGAGCAUCCAGGUGCUGCGCACGCGCCAGAGGGGCGACCGCUUCCACCGGGUGCUUCUGGCGCACGGCGUGGGUGCCCGUCCUGGAGCCCAGGCUCGUGCGCUUCCCUCCGCGCCGCGAGCCGAUUUCUUCCUAACCAGCGCGCUCGAGGUGAUCUGCGAGGCCUGGCUGCGCGACCUGCUAUUCGCGCGCGGCGCGCCCACCUGGCUCAGGCGUCGCUACCUGAGGCUGCGCUACGAGGACCUGGUGUGGCAGCCCCAAGCCCAGCUGCGCCGCCUGCUGCGCUUCUCUGGGCUGCGGACGCUGGCCACGCUCGAUGCCUUUGCAUUCAACAUGACGCGAGGCUCGGCUUAUGGCGCAGAUCGGCCCUUUCACUUGUCUGCCCGGGACGCCCGAGAGGCUGUGUACGCUUGGCGCGAGAGGCUGAGUCAAGAGCAGGUGCGUCAGGUGGAAACCGCCUGCGCCCCCGCCAUGCGACUGCUGGCUUACCCUCGCAGCAGAGACGAGGGCGGCAUGGAUAGCGCCAGGGAAGGGGAAACACCUCUGGAGACCAAGGCCAACUGGGCCACGUAACACCCUGAUCCCAAACCCUGCCCCAGGGCUGAUCCAGAGUCACACUGAAGAUAUCCUGGUGCCCCCACAUUGUUGGCAUUUUGAGAAUUAUCUUAUCAUUGCCUCUAAGCAAGUCCCUUACAACAAAACAAUUUAAUGGCUCUAUUGUCAACAUUAUCAGUCAUUUCCUUUUUCCUUGGCUCAGUAGUUCACUGAUUUGAAGUGCAAGCAGGAAGAUUAAGAAAGCUUUACCUGGGCUAUCAGAUAAGCCUCAGAUGUUAGUGCCAUUCAUAGUAUGGUUCUCAAUGGAGUAGUUAAGUGAAGCCUCCACCAGAACUCCUGUCCAUUGAAAUGGAGACUACCACACUUGCCAACCCAUUUGCUCUGGAAGUGGUCCUGGAGGAAGGCUGUGACAAUAAGCCGGGAAGUAGUAACAUAGCCCUGAGGAUGGAACUUGCUGAAUACCCGGAAAUCUCUGCUCUCAGCCCAAGUGUUAAGUGCCAGCCCUCACUUUGAGCAUCUGUUAAAUAGCUUUAGGUGGCUGGUCUCCAUGGUUCCUCACCUGGCAUGAGUAGGUGAAGAGGAACAGGAAAAGAACCCAUACUCUGCAGGCAAGACCAGAAAAUUUGAAAGGAAAAAAGGCACGUCAAAACUUAGAAGUGGAACAUCUAUGGGAGCAGUGAGAUCUACUUGGCAGGAUUGUGGCUCCUUACCUGACCUGAAAGAGACCGAAGACCACAGAGAAAGAUGGAGCACCAAAUUCAGUUGGUUGAGCCUUCUGUCCUAAAACUUUAAAAACAGCAGGAAGUUGAUUCUUACCCCUCCCCCUCCUAGCUUCAAAGGUUGGAAAUAGUAUGGUUAAAACACUAAGCCUACCUUCCUGAGUU